AAAGUCAUUUCAUUUUUUUAACUUUAAUUUGUCCAGGUCCCUCGGAUCCUAAAAAAAGGAUAGACAUCUAUCUCCAACCCCUGAUCGAGGAGAUGAAAGAACUUUGGGUCAUUGGGACAUCAACUUAUGAUGUUUCAAGAGAUCAAAUGUUUAUCAUGAAAGCUGCCAUCAUUUGGACCAUUAGCGACUUCCCUGCUUAUGGUAUGCUUUCAGGAUGGAGCACACACGGUCUUAUGGGAUGUCCGAUAUGUAUGGAGAAAUCAGAUGCCAAUUGGCUCAAAUUUAGCGGGAAACCAAGUUACUUUGAUUGUCACCGCAAGUUUCUGCCUAUGAACCAUCGAUAUCGAAAGGACAAGAAGUCUUUUAUUGCCGGAAGAGUGGUACGAGA